GCGCAGAUCUUUCAAAACACUCAUCUCUAACUAAGAAUGUCUGACAACGAGAGAGACCCAAUUCAAGAUCCCAUCGAGGAUGAAGAAGAGCUGGACUUUAGCAGCUUGAAAAAGAAGAAGAAGUCAAAGAAGAAGGUUGAUUUUGAAGACGAACUUGAACAACCUUCUGGCACAGCUACUCCCGACAAUGAAGUCAAUGAAGGUAACAGAGAGCGACGAUCAGUGUAUAUUACGUUCUUUGAAUAGCGAUUAAAAAAGCGAUCAUUGGUCAUUUAGAUGCUGACGAAGAAGAUCCUGAGCAAAUGUUUGCUGAUUUAAAGAUGAAGAAAAAGAAGAAGAAGACCAAGACCGAGGUAUGCAUUACUUCUCUCAAUUUGAUAUAUGCUAGAUCAAAUUAUUAAUGGUCAAUGUCAUUGUGAUAGGAUGCUCCAGAGGCAGCUGAAGAAGGUGCCGCAGCUGGUGAUGAGG